GAUUUAGGUAGUGUUUUAAAAUUUUUUGGGAAUUUUCAACGUUUAUCUGGACACUAAGGGAUUUAACUGAAUUCAAUCUACUAAGAGAUGUCAUCUGAGAGGGGAAGCCUUUCUGAAGUUCAAAUUAAACUUGUGGUUAAACGUGCACAUAUUGAUCAGUCAUUGGAUUGGAAUUCAUUGGCUAGAGUACAACUAAACAAGUGUAAAUUUAAUUUUACUGCUGAAGUCCUACCACCAGGAACAUCUGCUAUACCAGCUAUAAAUUCUAUUCCAUUCUAUGUAACUCCUAUUGUACGUGGUCCACGUCCUUAUUUCGAUCAAAUUGUCAGUUUCAAAGCUGAUGUUGAUAGUAUUAUAGAAUUUCGUCUUUCUGUACGUGAUAGUAAACGUGAUGAAGGUACUGAAGUUGGAUAUGGUCGAUUUACUGUUCGCAGUGUUGCAGCUACCAAUGGGAAUCAAUUGAGCAAUUUGGCAUUUUCACAACCAAUUAAACCACUUCCAUGGUUGCAUAAUUCUACUAUUUCUUCAUCGAGUUCAUUAGGCAGUAUUGAUUUGUCAAUUUCUGUGCCAAUACGUGAUUUAAGCAGUGCAUUAUUAGCUCAACAUUUGUCUAGAUCAAUAUCCAGAAUAACAGCCAAUUCUGUUAAUGGUCGUCAUACUUCUGGAUCACAAUCAGAAUCAACUUCAAGUAUUACAGUAAGAUCACCGUCUACUGACCGUACGAUGAAUAAUCACUUGGUAGACAGUGGUGGCGGGGUUGGACCAACUUUAAACCCAUCUGCUAAUCACAGUAGUAAUAAUAAUAACACAGAGAAUGCCAAUGACUCCUCGUUACCACCUGGUUGGGAAGCUAAAUAUACUUCAGAAGGACGAAUAUAUUAUGUGGAUCAUUUAACAAAAACAACAACAUGGUGUAAACCUACUCCACUUCCGCCUGGAUGGGAACGAAGAACAGAUAAUGUUGGACGAGUAUAUUAUAUCGAUCAUAAUACUCGAACUACAACAUGGCUUUGUCCAAAUCAAACACUUUUAAAUACAGUACAAAAUUAUCAACAAAUGACUGCUUCACGAAAUGGUAUUAUGCAACAACGAAUGAAUGAACGUUAUGCGAAUGCUGUUUGGAAUUUAGGUGAAUCAGAACCACUAGACGCUAGUUCACGAACAAAUACUUCAACUGGUGGUGUAAUGGAUCCAUUAGGUCCUUUACCAGCUAACUGGGAACGACGUGUUGACAUAUCUGGCCGUUCGUAUUUUGUUAAUCAUGUUAGUCGAAUCUCUCAAUGGGAAGAUCCUCGUAUACAAGGUCAUCCAUUACCUCCUGGUUGGGAAAUUCGUUAUACAACUGAAGGAUUUCCAUUUUUUGUUGAUCAUAAUACUAAAACAUCGACAUUCAAUGAUCCCAGACGAAAAGAUGCAAGUGGGAAUAUUGAACAAGCAUGGUCAUUUGAAAAUAAAGUUGCCAGUUUCCAUUAUCUUUGUCAUUCAAAUUUGGUGACAAAAAAUGUGAAAGUUGUUGUGUCCCGUAGUAAUCUUCUAGUGGAUUCAUUUGAACAAAUUAUGCGAUUGAAACCACAUGAAUUACGUUGUCGUUUGUUCAUUUCAUUUACUGGCGAAGAAGGUUUAGACUAUGGCGGGUUAUCACGAGAGUGGUUUUUCAAAUUAUCUACAGAAUUAUUAAAUCCAAUGUAUUGUUUAUUUGAAUACGCCGGUGGUAAUAAUUAUGCAUUACAAAUUAAUCCUGCAUCAUCGGUUAAUCCGGAACAUUUGGAAUAUUUUCGAUUUGUUGGACGAUUUAUUGCUUUAGCAUUAUAUCAUUCUAGAUUUAUUGAUAAUGGUUUCACUUUACCAUUUUAUAAACGUAUGUUAAAUAAAAAUAUCACUUUAGCUGAUAUUGAAACAGUUGAUGUGGAAUAUUAUAAUUCAUUGAAAUUUAUUCAAGAGAAUAAUAUCGAUGAAUGCGGAUUAGAUGUCUACUUUGCUAUGGAUUAUGAAGUAUUGGGUGAACUACGAACGCAUGAAUUGAAACCAGGCGGUAGAGAUAUUCUAUUGACUGAUGCAAAUAAAGCUGAGUAUAUUGAUCUAAUGGUUAAUUGGAGAUUUUCUCGUGGAGUAGAAGAUCAAACAAAUGCAUUCCUUACUGGUUUCGAAGAUGUAUUUCCUCUUCAAUGGUUACAAUAUUUUGAUGAACGUGAAUUAGAAGUUUUAUUAUGUGGUAUGCAACAAAUCGAUGUAGAUGAUUGGCAAUCGCAUACAACUUAUAAAAAAUACGAUGCUCGAUCUCCACAAGUUUUAUGGUUUUGGAAAUUUGUUCGAAGUUUAACUCAACAAAGACGUAUUCGAUUACUUCAGUUUGUCACUGGCACAUGUCGUGUCCCUGUUGGAGGAUUUAAAAAUCUUAUGGGUCAGUUUUGCUAUUUCAUUUCAUGUUAUUAUAGCCACUGAAUAAUAAUUAUCGUUAUUUGCGAAGGGUAAACUGAGAUUUUUCGGUAAAUAUGGUACGUGGUUAGCAAUUGGAUCCGGGACUUACAGUACAUUUAUCCCGCUUGGGACUCGUCAGCUGAAUGCAACUUCAUCCCGGUGUUGUUAAUGUUUACACUGAUUGUAAUCCAUUGUUACAUCACUUCAAAUCCCAACAAUAUUGUACACAUUUAUUAUGGUGUUAUUCUUAUGCCACUUCUAACAUAUAAGUUAGUGUAACGCAUCACAGUUACCAAGUAUAUUGAUUAAUGCUCCCAGCUUUGAGCUACACCAUUCGUAUAACACCUAUCGAUACUAUCCGGUUUCUCUAGCGCAAUAUUGAAUUAGUGGCAAUUCACAUACGUCCAACUAUCGCCUACCUCAACGCAAAGUAACGUUGACCGGACCAUUAGUUGUAGUAAGCCUGAAGAAAACUAAUAGGGCAACUAAACAUAAUGGCGGCAUCUAUUCAUGAAAUAGUUGGGAGUUGGAGUGAACUAUCUUGUGUUAGUUGUAGACUACAUUCAGUAUGGCAACUUGGCCUAACGUUUACUUGUCCUAGGUUCUGUGUUCCUCACGACUGACUAACCUAUUAUUGAAAGUUGAGUGCUUUCACCAUUGAGCUUACCACUUUACAACAUAUAAUCUCUGUGUCAAGCCCCAAAAUUAUAGUUGACAGUUGACGAAUACAAGAAACACUGCAGAGACUAAUGAUCACGUACAUGUCACUACCUUUAAAUAGGUAUAUCCCUAUUAGCAUCUUUGCAGUGUUCCUUCUCAUUUUUUUAAUUUGUUCGUGAUUCUGAAGUGUUUAUGACAUUCAAGAAGUAUAGUAGUUAUUCUACGUCACAUAUAAAAGCAUUUGUAUAUAUUUCAAAGUUAGUUUGUUAGGCUAAAGGUGAAUUUUUAAAUGGUGCAUUAUUGACUGAAUGAUCAGUCUUAUCUAGAAUCCCUAAAUGCCCUCGUACGGUCGAGAGUGGAGAGAGUUCGCUCUCCCUCUUGAAAUGCUCGCACACGGCCACGCGUAUACAGCCAUUCCAAGAGAAGUCCUACUCACUGCCUUCUCUCGUUAGGGGUGCUGCUUACGAAAUCGAGAGGACAAGUAGCGAAUGUCCGGCGCUUUAACCGGAUUGGUGGAUAUGGAGAAUCCAUGUAGGGGAGUUGGAAAUCCCUGAUUACAAACCGAUGGUGCACAUGGCCUCCAGGAUCCUGAGAGAAUAAAAGGCGUAUGAACCUAGUUGUGGUUACUGGCUUCCAUGGAACGGCAUUUCCUAAGGCUGCUCCACUGCCUUGUGGAUUAGACCUCUAUGUGAGAGCCUCGGGGAGUAGCUUGCUAAGAAAACCACUUACCUCGGUUUGGACACCCAGGAAGUAUCCCAGCCCUUACACAAAUCAGAUAAUUUGUGUGGCGCAUAUAUAUUCGGUGUCUCAUACCAAUGUUUAUGUGCCUAAAUAAAUAAUAAAGUUCUCUACCAUCCAUUUUCGGUUUUGGUAACUUUUCACAAAACAUGGAAUACUACACAUUUCCAAUCUUAUAUAUCUUCUCCGUAUAUAUUCGGUUUUCGUUUAGUGCAUCAAUCCAGCCCAUAUCUAAUAAAAAUGUUACGUAAUCAUAAUCCAGGGUUUAUGUUUAGUUUUUAGGAGAUUUCGAAUAAUAUCGUAGUCUAUUCAUUAUAUGCUCAAAUUGAGAUCAUUAGUAGUCUAUUUUUACAAAAUCCAAAUUAUAUAGUACAUAUCCCUUUUAGAAUUACUUUUUGUUUGUGACAAAACAUUUUUGCCUCAUUUCCGUUCUUUAUUGUUUUCCAAGUAUUCAUAAAAUGAAGCGCUGAAAAGACUAGGUUUGAUAUCGUGCACACGAAAACAUAGUGUUUCAUCAGCAACGAUCAUCUAUACUUUUAGGUAACUGGGAGGUAUAAUCAGACUUUUCCUUUAGGCAACACAACAUUCAAUCUUUGUCAACUUGUGUUCAUAUUUUAACAGGUUCGGUACAAUUUGUGCAUGGAAUUUUAAAGUCUGAAAACUAGACAUAAUUCUAUCUGACCGGUCUUGACCAUCACUACUGACCUAUCGAGUUUCUUUAUAGGAUCAAGGACAAUUUGAACGGAUCCAUACAGUAUUAGAUCCUGUCUUCCUUAUAUAAUUUAUGAUUGACUCCUGUCGAUAUGUCAUUAUUCAUUACUGCUUAUUUACUAUUUCAUUUGUUUUAGGUAAUAAUGGUCCACAACCAUUUUGUAUUGAAUAUAUUGGUAAAGAUUCAUGGCUACCUCGAAGUCAUACAUGUUUCAAUCGAUUAGAUCUACCACCAUAUCGAUCAUAUGAACAAUUAGCUGAGAAGUUAUCUUAUGCAAUUGAUGAAACAGAAGGUUUUGGACAAGAAUAAAACUUUCUUUUUAUGAUUUAAAAAAAAAACCAAGAGAAACUUACAAAUUAUAGUGCCUUUUUUCAUAUGUAUAUCUUAUAGACAAAAUGAAAAGAGGAAUGAAAGUGGAAAAAAGAAAACAAAGAUAAGAUUGAAUGAUAGAUUAUUUGAUUACAUAACCAUUUGACUGAAUUGUAUUGUACUUUGAUGCCAAUGGUUGUUGUUGUUGUUGUUUUUCUUUCUUUCCUAUCUAGAUGAUGUGAACUUUGCUAGUUAAAUUCAUUGUUAUUCAUAACUAUGAUCAGAUCUCUCUCUAUAUAUAUACAUGUAUUAUUUGUAGAGAGAGAGAUACAAUUGAGAAUUGUAUUGUAACCCAUUCUAUCUUUGUCACACAUACCCCCACACACACAGGCAUACAUAAUGAAAGACACUAAUGAAGUGGUUCAUUAAUUACUUAAUAAGAGAGACAUACUAACAAUUGUAUAUUGCAUACAAAAUGAAUUUAAACAUUUGUCUUUCUUGUACUGCACAGUAUUGGUUCUCUAUUCUGUUAUUAUAGGUUAUCUAACUUGUUUGGAUGUUUUUCUUUGAUUUCUCUUUACUUCUUGUUUACUAUUAUUUCAACUAUUGCUGUGAUCUUCUCUCUCUCCCACAUUGUGGGUAAUAUGAAUUCACAUUUUAUUGUAUUCAUUCCAAUGUUGUAUACAUAUGUACACACAAACGCGCGCACGCACAUGCAAAUCCUGAUUAUUAUCAUCAGUUAUUAAAGCCAUUAUUCAAUCACCGUUCUCCUAAGUCGAUGCGCGCACAUAAUGAAGGCUUGAUGAAACAUAAAAUUAAAUUCCCCUGAACCAACUUGUUUAAAACUAAUUGUGUGUGUGUGUGUACAGAUCUUUCACUUUAUAAAUAUAUUUGACAAGUUGUACGCAUACUGUUGUUAUGAAGCAUUGUAAAUGUUCUUUUUCUGUUUAGAGAGAUGGUUUAUUUGUUUUUGUUUUGUCAGUGAAAAACAAAAGCCAUUUGUAAUUCUUCUAUUGACUUG